UUUCACUCUCACCGGCUUCAUCUCUCUCUCCCUGGUUCUCACCUUCUCUCUCCCCCUGUUUCUCGGAUCAACUUCUUCUCUCAUCCGAAGUCCUCUCACUCUCUCUCUCUCUCUCUCUCUCUCCAGAAGCACAACCAGAUCAUCAACCUAUCCCUAUCCUUCGAAGCCCUAACCCCUCCAUCCACCUAUCCUUCGAAGCCUUAGCCCCCAUCUUCAACCCUCUUCUCCAACCUCAAUGGUCACAUUUCUUCAAUUUGGCUUUCUGAAGAAGAUGAAUAUUGGAGAAAUUAGUAUAAAUUCGGCUUUCAACUCCAGGUAUUGGGGAUUGAGCACAGGAACUUCUCGCGCCUGUUCUACUAAGUUGGAAGUAUUUAGUUAUUUAAAAGGCAAGGCUGGACUUUUGGCGUCUCCUCAAUUACUACCUGAUGCAUGUCCAUCUUACCAUGCAACAAAUGUAUGUUCAAAGUUUCUUUGUGGAAGCCGCUGUCUUUCUUCACAGGCUGGUGCAGAAAGCAGUAAUAUACGCAACACUUUCCAUCUUCCGCCUUCCACGGGGAGGGUUGCAUUACCCAAAUCACGAGUCUUGUAUACUGUUUUAAGAUCACCUCAUAUUGACAAAAAGUCCAGAGAACAAUUUUGUAUGAUAACAAAGAAAGAACUUCGGAUCAUAAAAAGAGACAGGAGUGAAUUGAGCAAGAUGAUGUUUUGGUUGAAACGCCAGCGUAUAUUCGGGGCUCAAUGUGAAAUGAUGUUGUCUUGCAAGACCCACUUAGAUAAGGAGACACUGCAGAGACUUCUUCAGAAUGAUGAAUUCCCCACCAAGGCUUUGGCAGGGCAACGGGCUCAGCCUAAUGCGGGCACGAAGAAGACAGCGGAGGAGGCAGUUAUUCGACUGAGGAUUUGCUCUUUUUAAUUUCUGACUACUUUCUUCUAUUUUUAUCUAUAUUGAUCAAACAUUUUACUUUUUUGGUUUAUUUUAUAAGAUUAGCUACAAAUAUUUCUAGUAUGUCGUUUGAACACUUUUGUCCUUGAGCUUUAUAAGAAAUUUGAGGGUGUGCCUUUUUUGUAAUUGCAGCUCGAGCUCGGCUCAGAGUUUGUAACAAGAAAGCUUGUUUGAUUUGAUGAGUUCGAAAUUAGUUCAUCAUUCAUAUGGCAAGCUCGAAUUAGAGGCUCGGCUGGGCUUGUUUUGCAGGCAUUUAUAAUUUUACGUUUACGUUUGUUUUAUAACUUAAUUAAAUUACUAGGUGAUUUUUAAACAUUAUUCCAAUACUAUGUGAAAUGGUAGUA